UUUCCGGGCGGUCCCCGUUGCCGCCAUGGCGCAGGGCCGGCCCAAGGCAGCGGCCAAGCGGCCCAAGGCGGCCAAGGCGGCGGCGGCGGCGGCCCGGGGCGCUCGAGGCCCGCGGAAGGGAGGCCGCAGCAUCGCCCCGAAGAAGCUCCGCGUGGUGCAGCAGCAGCGGCUGAAGAAGCGGCUGGAGGUCGGGAUCCGCCUGCGGAUCGAGCGGGAGGCGGUGCAGCGAGCGCAGGGCGCGCUCCCCAAGAAGCUGAGCCUGGUCAGGGCCCCCGGCCCCGCCAAGGACGGGGCCAAGAAGGGCCGCGGCUGAGCCCCCCGGGCCGGGAGCGCCCCCCGAGCCCCCCGAGCGGCUCCGGGGCAGCCGCGCUGCGCUUUAAUAAACGUUAUUUCUGUGCUUCUCA